AUGUCAGAGCUUUGUAAAAAUAACAAGAUAUGGGUACAACAGGCUAGACAUUUCCAUAGCUCUUACAUAAGACAACAACAACAACGUCAUGUUACAAAAGCAGAGUUGCUUGCGCAGGCACGUGGGUUCUUUGAAAGACUAAAGAUUCGUAUAAAGUAUCCUCUGAUGCGACAGAUUCGACCAUGGACACUUAAUGACGCUACUGCUUUAUUCUCUUGGCUAUUUCUUGGUCACACCGUCUGGCUGUUAGUGGGUACGACCAGUUUUGUCAGCUUGAUACUUUGGACUGCGAACUCGCUUCAGUUUCAAGAAUGGAUUGCAUACCGCAUUGGGAAAUACCUAACGUCAGCAACAGGUGCUACUGUCGUAUUUGAGUCAGCCAUCGUACCCAACUGGAAAGACGGCAAGAUUCGGUUCAAUCAUGUACGUAUAUACCGUAUGCCUCGAUCCGAACUUGAAAAAUUCGAACGUCAUGCUGCGUUGACCAAUAUUGGGCAGGCUAUUCCAGAAGAGGAACAGCAAAAGAAGGUUGUCGUCAACGAGGAAGAUGAUCCUUUGGCUGGAGUCGAACUGGCCGAUGACGAAAAAGACAAUGAAGUCUUGAAAAAGUGGAUGUGGUAUAACUUGGUCAUUGAUCGUGUCGAAGUCACUCUAAGCUUAAUUCGUUGGUUGGACGGAAAGGGAUUGGUACAGAGUGCUGACAUACAGGGAGUUAGAGGCGUUGUUGACCGACGUCAUGUCCGUUGGGAUCCAGACGAGCCCUAUGAUCCUGUAGCUGCUCGACACAAGUAUACACCAGGCGAUUUCGAAUUGGAAAAGUUUACAAUAGAAGAUUUGUUGAUCACAGUAUACCAGCCUAAUGGGUUUAGACCAUACCCUGUAUCCAUAUUUCAUGCGCAGCUCGAUCGAUUUCGAAAGCAAUGGCUGUUUUAUGACAUUUUGUGUGCAACCACCAUCACAGGAUCCUUUGACAAAUGUCUGUUUAGCGUACAUUCACCACAACUGGAAAAGAGUGUGCUAGAGCAAUCAGGACAUAUCGACUUUCCAGCAAGCGGAUUUCGAAGCCAUGACAUUUACCACUACUAUCCGUUCAAGCGACAGGAUCCAAAUGGUGUAGUUGUGGGCGGCGAAACAGAGAAAUUUGGUGUAUUGACAGAUGACGACAUGAAGAAGCAAGGAUAUAAAAGAAAGUCUCGUUUAAGAAUUGAUGGAGUCAAGAUUGACCAUUUAAAUCGAGGUGUAGAAGGACCACCAGGCUGGAUCACGUCAGGCACAGUCGAUAUCUGUGCUGAUAUCUAUAUUCCACAAGAAGCCGCUGAAGCAGAUUCUACUGAACUUUUGCGCCAGCUUGUAUAUGAAUUAACAGAUAGUAUCGAGCUUCCUCAGCCAGUGAUCCUUGGAGCUGGUAAUGGAGAAUUGGUCGUUGGAGGGAAACAGCGUGAAUCGAGGAAGAAGCCGAAAGAAGAGGACAUGAACAAUAAAAAGUUUAUCAUGGACGUAGACUUUCGAUUUAAAGACACAAAGGCAUCUGUACCUCUAAAGACACCUGAAUUAAGCUACCUGAAUAGUGCCAUGGUCAGGCCCGUGGUUGGAUAUAUCUCUCGCAACAAGGCUAUUGUACCCAUCAAGGUACGAGUCGUCAUGGAUUUAAGCAAUUUUGAUGGAUCAUGGACCGUGUAUGAUUCGACACUAGCUGAAAGGCUUGGAGAAAAGCUGGGCCAAGGCUUUGUCGACUUAACAUUGGAUCAACAAGAACGUAACAGAAGGUUAAAACGAAUCGGAUUUUGGAGCAUAAAAGAGAUGUCUAGAAACCUGCUGUACAUUCAUGACAUGAUGCGUGGUACAUCCAGAGGCUUUUGGAGUUAUUUGGGAACAGGCACUUAUUAA